CUCUCGCCAUGGGCUUCGGGCCGCGCGGGGCGCUGAGCCUGCUGCUUCUGCUGCUCGCGCCGCCGGGCCGCCCGGCCACAGGUUGUCCCGCCCCAUGUCGCUGCGCGGGGACGCGCGUGGACUGCGGGCGCCGCGGGCUGACAUGGGCCUCGCUGCCGGCCGCCUUCCCGCCGGACACGACCGAGCUGGUGCUGACCGGCAACAACCUGACGGCGCUGCCGCCGGGGCUGCUGGACGCGCUGCCGGUGCUGCGCAGCGCACACCUGGGCGCCAACCCCUGGCGCUGCGACUGCCACCUGCUGCCGCUGCGGGCCUGGCUGGCUGGCCGGCCCGAGCGCGAGCCCUACCGCGACCUGCGCUGCGCCGCGCCCCCCGCGCUGCGGGGCCGCCUGCUGCCCUACCUGGCGGAGGACGAGCUGCGCGCCACCUGCCAGCCCGGCGCGCUCUGCCGCGGGGCGCUGGCGGCGCAGCUCCUGCUGCUCGUCCUCGGGCUGCUGCACGCGCUGCUGCUGGCGCUGCUGCUGUGCCGCCUGCGGAGCCUGCGCGCUCGCGCCACCCGCCGGAGGCCGCUGAGCGCCCCGCUGGCCGCCGAGCGCGCGACCCCCGAGCCGAGCGACUGACGCUGAACCGUGCGGCCGGCCCCCCUACCCCUGUCUUCACCAUCUCCCAGACCUGCCUCCCGCUCAGGGGCCCGACUGCUGCGCGCACCGCUGGCCACACGCACCUACGCCCAGGACCUGGACCGAGGAGGGCCUGGAGGAAGGCGCUGCCCAGGCCCAUGGAGCCCUCCAUGCUAUCUGCAGUGCCAAUAAACCCUGCUCCCCAUCUGA